AUGGCCCAGAUGAUGGGUACAGAAGACGAGAUCGGAGCCCGCGUCAUCGAUCAAGACAUUGGGAUGAUCGAGACCAUUCCUAUGAGAACAUGUAUGAUGAUGGGCGCCGUGAUGAAAGCAGGCACCGGGGACGGGGGAGGUCACGGAGUCCACAUGGCGGACAUUACAGAAGUCGAUCCCGGACUUCGAGAAGGCCUCCUUGCUAACUCAAUGGCUGCCGAAUUUCCGACCAUUGACGUGCGAGUCUCGUCGUCAAGAGGGAACCGACGAGCAUUUGUCCAGUUUGAACAAGUUGAUCAAGCUACUGCCUUUGUCAAAGAGCAUUUCCCAAAAAUCCUUAUUGAGCACCAGCAUUCGACUGAUGACGCACCAGACGGCAAGUUUGAAGCAUAUGUUCACUAUGCCCGCAACCGUGAUGACGGCGACACUCGGCCAGUUCGAACGUCGGACUGGACAUGUCCACAGUGCGACUUUUUGAACUUUUCUACAAGGACACGAUGUAAAAUUUGUGGCACCCAGCCGGCAGCGAGCAAUUGGGAGCAAAGUCUAACGGGAGCGGCGGAUAUCGCUGACGGUGCCGAAGCCGUUUCACAAAUAUUGGUGAUAUAUCCGCUUGCAUCGUUUGUCACUGAAGAUAUGCUCGCGAAAGAUCUCAAGAUCCUCGAAAAGUCGGAAGAACCAAAGAGUUCAGCAAACGGACCGACGAAGUUGAAGUCAACUGCACCAGGAGCCGACGUCUCUCGGUAUGGAGCCAAGCCCGACUCAUUACACCGCGUGUUUCUCAUGCGCGAGGUGACCUCGGGAGAGAGCUUUAAAUAUGGCUUUGCAGAAUUCUGGACACUUGGAGAUGCGGCUGCUGCAGUCACCAAAUUCCGCAUGUCCAGAUCGUUUACCAUUGCGGGUUGCGCUGUUACAGUCGCUCCGACGCACAUGGGUGUGUUUCUACCGGAGGAACGCGAAAUCACUCCAAACAUCGAACACAUGUCGUUCAACCCGCUGUUCAACCCGUCUCUUCGAGUGAGAUACCGGGAUCUCCACGUCUUUCCCAGCCAGUUGGUAGUCACAUCUAAACCGCCUGCCGACGUUAAUCGAAACGCCGCCAAAUCUGCCGAGGAUGACCAAGGUGACAAGAAGCAGAAGAAGCGUAAAGCAGAGGGUAGUCUGGCCGCAUCCACAGUCAAAAAAUCCGUUCCUAUGGCUGGCCAAAUGGCCGUCUGGCAGCGGAAGCACGACGAGCUUCGGGGUGUUGAGGAAGGCGACGGCUCAAACGGUCAGUCUGACUCGAUGCAAAAAUCAGCUCCGAUCAAGAUUUCUCUAUCAAAUUCUACGAAAUUAGGAGCCCCCUCCGGCUCCCUCGCAUCCGCAAGACAACCUUCUCCCAGCGAGAAGUCACCAGUCAGAGACGCUGCAGCAUCAUCACCAUCCGCAAACUCACCGCAUACCCAACCCGAAAACAACCCCGCCAAAGAAGAGACGUACACGGACAAAGAAAGACUCAUGUGUCUCAUCUGCAUGCGUAAAUACAAAUCCAUCGACGAAGUCAACAUCCACGAAAAGUCGCGCAACCACAAAACCGCCAUGGAAGACGACGAAAAGGUCAAGGCGGCGCUGCCACGGCUCGCAGCACGAGACAAACGACUUCAGAAAGGCGAGUCCCAAACAUCUCAGUAUCGCGACAGAGCCAAGGAGCGUCGCGACAUUUACAACCAGCCCAACAGACCGUCCCCUCAGGCAAGCAAGCCGAAACCUGAAUCGAAGAAGCCCACGGAGGAAGCAAAACCCGCUGCCAAAGCUGCGUCCAAGGGAGCCGGCAUGCUUGCCAAGAUGGGCUGGACAACGGGUGUGGGAUUAGGCGCCAACAGUGAUGGACGUACAGAGGCUAUCGCCACGAAUGCGUACCAGGAAGGCGUGGGGUUGGGUGCAGAUGGGGGUAAUUUGGGUGAUGCGGCGGAGCUGGCGGAGAGGAAGACAACUGGGUCUUACUCGGAUUAUUUGAGCUCUGUGCAGGAUAAGGCGAGGGAGCGGUAUAACCAGAUGAAUUGA